GUGGCGAUGACGCUGGAUGGACGGAAGCUGCCUGUUGCUAUAGUAACUACUGCCUUUGUUCCAGUGCUGACCUGCGUGCUCUACGUAACCGCACGGGCGCAUUCACCUCAAAGACGAGGAAGGAUCCCUCGUCACACCCCACGGAUGAAAACAGUAGGGUUAGGUUAUAUUACUUGUAGACAGGAUAAAGCUAGAAAAUGGCGCUCAUCCCCUCUCAAAUAUUGAGAGUGGCAAUUCUUCUGUCGUAUUUUUCUGUUCUGUGCAAUUAUAAAGCCAUCGACAUGCCCGCUCAUCAAACAUAUGGUGGUAGCUGGAAGUUCUUAACGUUUAUAAAUCUGGUAAUCCAAGCAGUAUUCUUUGGUGUGUGUGUGCUGACGGACUUGACCAGCCUCUUGACUAAAGGCACCAUGUGCCAAGAACAGGAGAGGCAGCGGAGGAAACUAAUUGGUCUUAGGGACUGGUUGAUGGCUGUGCUGGCAUUUCCUGUGGGUGUGUUUGUCGUGACCAUGUUUUGGAUCCUCUACCUGUAUGACAGAGACUUAAUAUACCCACGACUCUUGGAUAAUUUCAUUCCACAGUGGCUAAACCAUGGAAUGCACACAACAGUACUCCCCUUCAUCAUAAUUGAGAUGAGAACAACACGACACCAGUAUCCAAGUCGGCUGUGCGGACUUCUGACUGUUUGCAGCUUCGCUAUGGGAUAUGUACUAUGGAUGUGUUGGGUCCAUCAUGUGACUGGAGUAUGGGUCUACCCGCUGUUGGAGCAUCUUGGCACCAUAUCCAAAGUCCUUUUUUUCUUAUGUCUGACCGUUAUCAUCAGUGUAUACUAUGUUCUUGGAGAAAUUCUCAAUAGUUAUAUAUGGGACUUCAGAAAAAAGAGUAAGUCCUCAUGAAUCAGCAUAACCUAUGCUGAUUUUUUCUGUCUACAUGUUUCUUCAGUCCCACUAUUGAGAAAGCAAUAAUGACUGUGUUACAUUUUGUGGCAUGAUUCAUGACACAAUAUAGCACAAAAUCAUAAACAUCAGAAAUUGAUCAAUAAAAUCAUGCUAGCAAAGGAAUUCACUGUUAAAGAUGAGCAUUUCAUUAUAUAUUUUCAUAAUUCUAUAUAGCAAACAUGUGGUAUUCAUUUGAAAGUACAUUAAUCAGUUCAAGGCUACUUAAAUCAUAUUGAGCUUGAAAGCUUUUUUUAGAAGCCCUAAUUUUAUUGAUUUUACAAUGCAUGUUACAUUCCUCAAGGACUAAACCUAAUUGUAUUACUAGGCAGCAGACAAGCCGACUCAAACUCUAGUCACGUUAUUUGUGACUUCUGACUUGACUUGACAAAAUGAAAAAUAUUUGCGACUUGAUUUGAAAAUAUUUGAGACUUGAUUAUCAAUGACUUGGUACUUGAAUUGACUUUCAGGUCAUUGACGAGUUACGAUGAGUUGUAUUUUUGUUAAAAGAAUGAGUUGUAUUUUUUUAAAUACAAUCAACCGCAGGCAGCUAAAGACAGGAUUACAAAUGUCAUUUUCCUGUGCAGACUGGACAGUUCCUACUCAUAUUUAAAGUAUGAAAAAGUCACUUGAAAUUCGUAACACACAUAGGAAUUACAUGAACAUAAUCGUACAUAUCAUAUGUUUAUAACCCCGAUCUCCAGGAACUGCCGUGAGUAGGUUACGGUGCAGCAGGUAGCAAUGUAGCACUAUGCCGAAUAGGCUAGAUGUUGACAAGUAGUGAUUGUACAAUUAAAGGUCUGAUUUUUCUCAUUUCUCCAGUGUGAGACCAAGAAGUGAAUAUCUUGCAACCCUUUUUACCCACCUUUACCAGGGGUGCCAAUAAUUGUGGAGGGGACUGUAGUACAAAAUCGUUUCUAUUCCUGGUGACAAAUAUACGCAAAGUUCCGACCACUCAAGAGUUCUCAUUAGCUAAGCUUUGAAUGUUUACAUCAUUAUGUUUGCAGCAGGUUAUUUAUGUUUGAUGGCAUUUAUAGCCAUGAUCAGUGCCUUGUUCAUCUGUUCAUCUGUCAUCAUUUGGGUCACUUCUGAGAUAGUUUUAUUGGGUGUUUUUCCUGCACAAAGUGACAUGGUUGUGCCUACUGGUUGUGGCAUAAUGACAAUAAAUGAGGCUGAUCAGCACCAGGGAUUGAAAACAA